AUGUCUACCGCUAUCUUCAUGGAAGGCUAUGGCACAAUGCUCAUCGGCAAUAUGUUCGGCUUGCCUGAGUUCCGGAAGCGCUACGGGCGGCCUGCCAAAGACGACACUUAUCAGAUCCCGGCUCCUUGGAAGGCUGGUCUCACCAACGGCAGUGCAUGUGUCCAAUUGCAACAGAUCGCAUUCAAGCCUAACCCGGGGAAGGGCGGCAUUGACGGUAUCAAGUAG